UUAGUGAAAAUACUGUAUUUUCUUUUUACUUUGACCAUAGAUACAGACAUGGUAAGCCCUUUACUCUUCGUCGUACCGCUAUUACUUUCGGGUAUCACCGGCGAAUUGCAUGUUCGUUUUGAGUGGAAAUACAUCGACUACGUGUGGAAGAAUAGUGAGCAUAAGCAGAAGGCAGUUGAUUCCGGAGAUUAUAAUUACACGAAAAUAUUUCCCAUCGACGUUGAUCGCAGUCGAGACGGACGCGUCUUCGUCACGACCCCAAGAUAUGAUGGCGUCCCGGCCAGCCUAUCGCUGGUUUCCAAUCUACAAGGCGAAGGUGGACCCCUGCUGAGACCUUAUCCCGAUUGGUCUUGGCACCAGAAAGGAAACUGCACGACUAUCACAAGCGUUUGGCGAGUAGCGAUGGACGAAUGCAACAGAUUGUGGGUAAUGGACAGCGGGAGAUACGGCGAGGACCUGAUCUGCGAUCCCCAAAUCCUGGUCUUUGAUUUGGCUGACGAUUCUCUCGUCAAAAGGAUCGCAAUACCGUCACAGUACGCGCGGAAUCCAGUAGAUGGAUCCUCCCAGAUUAUCACCAUCGCGCUCGAAACACGAGGAGCAUGCUGUGAAAGGACUUGGAUUUUCAUGGCGGACGUCGAGGGUUUUGGACUGGUGGUAUCGGAUAAUGGAGAAAGAUUCGCGCGUUUCAACGAUACGAGUUUCACACCGGACCCAAAAUACACAAAUUUCACAAUCUUGGGACAGAAAUUCUACCAGCCCGAUGGACUGUUUUCCUUGGCAGUACAGCCGAAAAAACGGUUCGCCGAUACGUCGCGGUUGUUUUACAGGCCUCUAGCAUCUCUCAGCCAGUAUUACGCCUCUACGAGACAAUUGAUUGGCGAUUUACAUAUGCCAUCUUCAAAAGCGAAGUUUCAAAGAUUCAAUUACACUUACCCUAGUCAAGUUUCCAUCCAGGCAUUUUCUUCCGACGGGAUUCUCUUCACGGGAUGCACAAGUCCGCCGUCGAUUCUUUGCUGGAACAGUCGCAAGCCGUUUAACGAGCAAAACGUGGUGACCAUUGCCCGGAAUGAUGAGACGUUGCAGUUUACCAGCGCAAUAAAAAUCAAGGAUAGGGAAAUGUGGGCGUUCACGAUCCGGUAUCAAAAAAUCGCUACUGGGACACAGAAUUUCUCGGAAAUAAACUACAGAAUCGUCAUUGAACAUGACAUACGGAAUUUGGUGAAAAACAGCGCUUGCACCGCUGCUUACAGAUGAAG